AUGAAGCUUCUUGUCCUCUCCUGCCUUGUGGCUGCUGCUGCAGCCAUGCCUAGUCAGCAAGACAGCAGCAGUGAGGAAACUAGCAACGAGUCAACUGAGGAACCUAUGGCUAACUCUGAGGAAGUUGUUCCCAGUAACACUGAGCAGAAGUGCACUCCAAGGGAAGACAUGCUCUACCAACUGAACCUGGAAGCUGGUUGUGGCCAGGAGCAAUUUCACAGAAUAAAUGAAUACAAUCAAGCCCAAGUGCCUUUCCGACAAGUCUACCAGCUUGAUGUCUAUCCCUUUGCUGCUUGGUACUAUCCUCAAGUCCAGUAUUUAUCUUUCCCACCCUUCUUCGACAAUAUUCAGCCCAUUGUCUCUGAGAACAUUGAAAACACUGAUGUUAUGCCAGAAUGGUUGAACUAA